AGACGGAGAGGAAAUGCCCUAAACUGUCAGAGAGUCAAGACGACUUCUGUGAGAGACUCAGACGAGCGUUUGCGCUUCUAGUGGACAGAGCACUGGAUCCACACUGACACUGGGAAUCAGGAAGAUGCGUUGUGGAGUCUAUCAUUUAAGACUAGCAGCCGUUUUAGUGCUGCUGCCAUGCCUAUUGUGUUUCAAUGUGGAUGAGAAGAACAAGAUGUCAUUCAGUGGACCGGUGGACGACAUGUUUGGAUAUACUGUCCAACAGUUUGAGAACAAUGAGGGAAAGUGGGUUCUCAUUGGUUCUCCUUUGACUGGACAGCCGGCAAAUAGGACUGGAGAUGUCUACAGGUGCCCUGUGGGGCAAAACAACAAUAAAAUUGGGUGUGAAAAAUUCAAUUUGGCAGAAAGCACAACAAUUCCAAACAUACAUGAAGUCAAGGAAAACAUGACUAUGGGAACGACAUUGGUGGUUAACCCAGACGGCAAAGGAUUUCUGGCCUGUGGUCCUCAGUAUGGAUACAUGUGUGGAAAGCAGCAGUACAUCACAGGCAUCUGUUCUAACGUGAGCUCCUCCUUCAAAGUUCUCAACUCCAUCGCUCCAACUGUACGAGAGUGCAAGCAGGAUAUGGACGUUGUCAUAGUGCUGGAUGGAUCCAACAGCAUCUACCCCUGGAAUCAUAUCACUGAGUUCCUGGUCAAGUUUCUUCAGAAAAUUGAAAUUGGACCCGCCCGAGUGGGCAUCGUGUCGUAUGGAGAUGAAGUCGGCCACGUCUUCAAUCUCAGUCAGUAUGACAACACACGUGAGCUUGUUAAACAAGCUGCUGAUAUCCCACAAAAAACCGGACACAAAACCAUGACGGCUCUUGGCAUUGAUACAGCAAGGAAAGAGGCGUUUACGAAGGAGCGAGGGGCGAGACCGGGCGUCAAAAAAGUCAUGGUGAUCGUUACAGACGGAGAGUCACAUGACCACUACAGAUUAAAAGACGUCAUUGAUGAUUGUGAAAAGGAUGGUAUUGAGAGGUUUGCCAUUGCUGUCCUUGGCGACUAUAAUCGACAAAAUAAAAGCACUGCAGAUGUGAAGAAGUUUAUUAAGGAAAUUGAAUACAUUGCUAGUGAGAACAAAAAUGAUCAUUUCUUCAAUGUGUCGGACGAAAGAGCACUAGUAAACAUCGUCGAUGCACUUGGAAGCAAGAUCUUUGCCUUAGAAGCCACAUCAGGGAACCACACAUCCUCAUUUGAGAUGGAAAUGUCUCAGUCAGGGUUCAGCGCGCACACGUCUAAAGCUGGUGUCAUGCUGGGAGCUGUGGGAGCUUACGACUGGAAUGGCACCGUAGUGAUGCAAGCCGACAAUAAUUUUGUUGUUCCCAAAAAGAACGCCUUCCAUAAUCCUGCGGUGCAGAGGUACGAAGGCAUGUCUGGAUACGUAGGUUAUGACGUGCAGUCAGCAAACACACCUAAAGGGGUGCUGUACAUCACAGGAGCGCCACGGUUUAACCACAGCGGCCGUGUCACCGUGUACCGAUUUGAUGGGGAAAAUAUCACUAUUACACAGACGCUGAAUGGAGAGCAGAUUGGCUCGUAUUUCGGCAGUGUUCUCCAGACGCAUGACAUUGACUGUGACAAUUACACCGACAUACUUCUGGUAGGAUCUCCGAUGUACAUGGGGCCGGAAAGGGACGAACAAGGUCAAGUCUAUGUCUACAAACUCAAUAAGGAUGGGCUGUUUGAACAUGAGAUGACACUCAAGCCAGUCAAUCAGACAUGCUGUUAUGGUCACUCGAACAGUAACUGUAAAACCACUAUUAAAAAUGAGCCAUGCGGGUCACGAUUCGGUACGGCGAUCGCUGCCGUACCCGACCUCAACAAGGAUGGCUUUAAUGACAUUGUGAUUGGAUCGCCAUUAGAGAAUGACCACAGAGGAGCUGUGUAUAUUUAUCACGGUUCUCAGAAAUCAAUAAAGAAUAAAUAUGUACAGCGCAUCGCUGCUGGGGGAGAUGGAGAAAAGAUGAAGUUCUUUGGCCAAUCAAUUCACGGCAUCAUGGAUUUAAAUAAUGACGGUAUCAUAGAUGUCACAAUUGGUGGAAUAGGAGGCGCCGCACUUUAUUGGUCUCGGGAUGUUGCAGAACUUCUUGCAAAUAUGACCUUCGACCCAAGCAAGAUCAAUCUGCAACAGACGUGUCAGGUCCACGGCAAGACCACAGUAUGUGUGAAGACCAAAGUCUGCUUCAAGUAUCGAAUCAAGGGGAAAGAAACCGACACAAAAACUGUCAUCAGGUACAGUUUAACACUGGACUCUCUUAGAGCGAUCUCCAGAGGGCGCUUCAAUAAAACAGACGAAAGAAGGUUGCAGAAAAACGUAUCUAUCGAUGGCAUGCAUUGCAGUGAACACACCUUCUACACGUCGGAUAAGCUGGAUUUCAGAGAUCCCAUUAUGGUCACACUGGAAUUCGGUUUAGUGGAUGAGGAUAAAGGUCCGGUGCUGGAUGGAGUGUUACCGACAUCAAUUAACAAAACUAUUGCUUUAGUCGACUGUGGGAACGAUGACAAGUGUGUUGCUAAUCUACACCUCAAAGCGACUGCUGACAUCUCAAGCCUUGUCAUAAGGAGUAACCAGGAGAAGUUUUAUGUCAACGUUGAAAUCCACAAUAGUAAAGAUCAUGCUUACAACACCAAGAUCACGAUAAGCCACACAGAAAACAUCAACUAUGUCAAAGUUGAGCCUAAGGAGAAGGACUGUGAGACUGAUAACACCAGAAUAGUGUGUGCAGUUGGAUAUCCGUUUCUCAAAAGUAAUGAGAAGGAAACGUUUAAAAUUCAAUUUGAGCCCAAUCCUUCUCAUAUUCGUAAAGACAUCGUUAUCAACGUUACUGCGACCACUGAUAGCGAGGAGCCGGAGUCUGCACUGAAAGACAACUUUGUGAGCAUCGUCAUUCCUGUGAAGCACGAAGCCAACCCACGAUUCACUGCUGUCAAGUAUAUGAAGGAGGACUACAUCAUAUUAAAAGGGAAGGACACCAUACCAAGUGUUUUCAACCACACCAGUGUGAUCGGAGAUGAGGUCAAAAUCAGCUAUACGAUCGAGAGAGACACAGAAAUGCAGAUUCCUCCAUUUCAGCUCCAAAUAACCUUCCCAUAUCGCACGGCCGGAGAAAACUGGCUGCUGUACUUCACAGAUCUCACCCAUUCAGCAAACAUCAACUGUGAUGCCAAAAAGUUGAUUAACCAUUUGAACAUCAAACCUGAUAAUCCUUACAGAGUUACUUCUAAGAAAGAAAGCUUGAGUGUCUAUCUUUUGAGUUGUAAAGAAGAAAGAAACCCCUGCAAGUCAUUUAGCUGUUCGAUCCCACCUGCAGACUUCAACCAGAUCAAUGCCACUUUUAGAGUUUGGCGACCCACCUUCAUCAAAGGAGAAUUUUCUAGCAUCAACAUGGCUGUUGAUGCGAUGCUGGAGAGCAAAGACACAGAGCUGUUUGUGUUAAAUCAGAAUGUCAUAAGUCGUGAGGUCAAAAUACAAGUAACCAAAGAUAUACAAAGUGGAAUCCCGCUGUGGAUUAUCAUCUUGAGUGUUCUUCUAGGAUUAUUAAUACUGGCUCUUGUCAUCUUCGCUUUAUGGAAGGCUGGAUUCUUCAAGAGAAAAUCAGUAGAAGAAAUGAAGGAAGAUAAGAAGGAUUCUGAUUGAGGAUUAUAGAUCCGUAGAUGGCAUUCUUCAGGUCAACUCAUGCAAGACAACCAGCAAAGGUCAUUGAGAUUAUAAUGAAGAAAUCUGAUGAUCAGAGUCACAUAGUUAAUUGGGGUUCCCUGCAUUUAAGAGUUGACCGACAUUUUGCUUGACACUUUGAAUAAUCUUCAUGUUCCCACUGCAAAAUUCAGCCAAAUGUGAACUCCAAUGAACUUCUCACACACCACAAGGUUGGUGGACAUGUUGCCAAAUCCAGAGAGUCACGCUUUGAAAAGCAAAGCAGCGUAUGUUCAUCUAACUUGAACCUGAAAUCCCACCAGCCUAAAAAAAAAACACGGGAGCACAAGUCAUGUGCUCUCAUCUGUAUCCAUCAUCAGCAAAGGAGAGUUCAGUAACCUGUCCUGGCUUUACAUACCAAAACUUCAACAGAGAUCUACAGCUCUUAAUCAGAAACAUACCUUCAUAUGGGUCACAGAUUUAUAUACUGAUAUAGAUCUAUUACAUUUAUUGGUUGGAGAGGGUUUUUUGUAAAGCACUGUACAGUGAUAUUUUUGAGCUUAGUGUUAUCGGCACAUUCCUUUUAAUUCACAACGCAGGUUUUUGGCACUGAUGUUUCUCACACUUUUUGUCUUUAUCCGAGCAUGAAGAUCAAAAGGUCUGGUUGUACUGUAAAUGUAAAGCUUAAAGUGUACAUAAGGUUAUGUUUGCAAUAUCACUUUAUUGAUAAAUGAAUAGCUUUAUCGGUGCGGUUUCGACACCCGUAGUAGAUUGUAGAAAACAAUUUCACACCUAUAGUACAACAUUUCUCAGGUAUUCCAGACACAGUGUUUGGAAUCAUAAAAUUAGACAGUCAUUCAUAUUUCCUGUUUAGUUCCUGCCAUAUGUACAUAUUAUAAAAUAAUUACUGUACUUGACUAAACAAGAAAUGUCAGGGUGUUUUUCUGAUUUUGCCAAAAAAAAAUUCUGCAGAGAAAAAAAGAGAAAUUUAAUGUAGAAAGCACUGUUAGAAGAAAUGAUCCCUACUGUACCUGUCACUGGGGCGGUACCCUUUCAAAAUGACACUUUUGCAUCUAAAGGUACAUAUUACCUUAUAAAGAGUACUGCCCCAGUGAUAGCAUGGGUCAAUUUUUAAAAGUUUUUUUUCUGACAGUGCACGAAUAAAUAAUAUUAGAUAUAUGAACUGCUUUUUGAAGCAUAACAUACCCUGAAAAACAACAGCAUAAAAUAUAUAUGUUUGUGUUUCAAAUUAUAAGUAUAUGAUGAUAGAAUUAUUCAUUUACGUGAUGCAAAAGCUAAAAAAAAAGCUAAACGCCACCUCUGUCAAAAAUGAGAUGAUAUUAACCGAAUGCUCUCGGCGUGCAUCAAACACUUUCGCUUCAAAUCUGCUUAAUCCUGACCUCAGGCCAUUCAGAAAUCCAUGAAGAGUCAGGUAAAAAAAUUAUCAUUUAAAUGAAAACGUCAGAUGCACUUAGAGGGUUUUGCAUCUGAUCUAUUUAUGUAUACUGUAGAUAAAUGUUUAUGGGCUGAUAACAGUAUAGACACAUGAAACACAAAGCACCAGUGUGGUGCAGGUAAAUAAUGCACAGUACCGACUUACAGAUACAGAUAUUGUAUAUGAGUGCCUUAAUAUGCAGUUCACUGGGUUUAUGAGUAGGGGAGAAAUGAUACAUUUGUGACCCUGACUGUGAAAUCCAGACUUAUCUAAUAAUGAGAUUAAGAGCAUUAAAGUAUGAUUUUAAUCACUGACUUCAUAUUGAUUUCAAUCUUUGACCUGAUCUUACUCA